CAGUCCCUGCAUGCCAGGGGGAAUGAGGAUGUGGAUGGAGGGCGGGGAAGAGAUGAAGGGUGCUGUGGGGCUGCGCUGCACCUGGGACCCACCCCCCAUUGAUGCCCAGGCCAAGUGGGUGAGGCUCAAUGUGGGGGGCACCAUCUUCCUUACCACCAGGCAGACCCUGUGCCGGGAGCAGAAAUCUUUCCUGUGUCGCUUGUGCCAGGGCGAGGAGCUGCAGUCGGACCGGGAUGAGACUGGUGCAUACCUAAUAGACCGGGACCCUACUUACUUUGGACCCAUCCUGAAUUUCCUCCGUCAUGGGAAGCUGGUCCUGGAUAAAGAUAUGGCUGAAGAGGGAGUCCUGGAAGAAGCAGAGUUCUAUAACAUUGGUCCCUUAAUCCGAAUAAUUAAGGAUCGACUGGAGGAGAAGGACUACACAGUGAUGCAGGUGCCUCCUAAACAUGUCUACCGCGUGCUGCAGUGCCAGGAAGAGGAGCUCACUCAAAUGGUUUCCACUAUGUCUGAUGGAUGGCGCUUUGAGCAGCUUGUGAACAUUGGCUCGUGCUACAACUAUGGGAAUGAGGAUCAGACAGAGUUCCUGUGUGUGGUCUCCAAGGAACUGUACAACUCUCCCAGUGGUCUGAGCUCUGAGUCCAGCCACAAAGCCAAGAGCGCAGAGGAGGACGUGGAGGAAGAAGAGCAGGAGAUGGAGGAGGAGGCAGAGGCAGAAGCAGAAGAGAAAGGUGCAGCAAAUCCUUGAGGAAAAAAAUAGACUAACCCCCAGGCAUAGAUUCAUCCACCUUUCUGGUGAGAACUCACAGCUAGCAGCAGGGAAGAACUAGAGCAAGUGUGGGGUGGAGGGGACGUCCUCCCAGGGAGCAGGAGUCUAUCUGGAGAUAAAGCUUGUAGGGAGGGGUUGUUACCUUGGCUGCUGCUUUACGUUUUUAACUGUUUGGUUUAUUUAUAUUUUUAUUUGCAGACUGUCCAUGUACUGGACACUCCCUCCUGCUCCCCUCCAUCUCCAUCUCUGCACUGUCACCUUCCUGGGACACCCUACCCCAUUCCCCAGCCUCCAGAAUUCUCCCCUCUGCUCUCUUUGCCCCUCACAGCCUCCUUCCAGCAGACCUGGUUCCCGUCUCCCCUUCCAAACCCAAGAUUCUGUUUGUUCCCUCCUCAGGGCCCCAUCUCUCUGUUCCUCACUUUUCCUACUCUGCAGGUAUGUUACCUAUAUGCACUCUCAGAACCUGCCAGUUUGAGCUCUGCAUGAGUGACUCACAUCCUUCCCUCUUGUGGAUAAAGUCCUGGUUUGUAGAGCUUGGGGAGGGGGACAAGCAGGGGAGGUUGAGUCAUUUCAAAGGUCGCUUUUCUGAUUCUCAUCAUACAUGUGCCUUCACUUGCCAAGCAGUUCUUCCAGCUCUGGGCUGGAGGCUCUGGAAGCAGCAGGAAAGGUGCAAUCAGGAGUAAGGAGGAGGGUGGGGAAGAAUGGGGAAGAAUGCAAAGCAGGCAGGGAUGGCACAGGGGAAUGCCUGCCAUGUGGCAGCCUGCCAUGCAUGCCAGAUCACUUCUCCUGAUUGCCAUCCAUUCUUGCAGCUCCUCUGCCCUGCUCUGCUCAUGCUUCCCUUGACAUUGCAGUGCCAGAGGGUGCUGAAGGUGCAGUGGAAGCUGUGGGUCCCUGCUCCAGAUGUUCCUACAGCUGUGCUUGGAAGGGGCCUCUGCUCUGCAUCCUACUGAGGCUUCCCAUCUGCAGCUGAACAAAGAAAGCUUUCAUAGGAGCACCCCUCUCUCUAGCCAGAAAACAGAUUUCUUGUUGAACUGGUGGUGCUCAGUGCCACUUUCCAUCCUAGUAGGGGGGCACUUGUUAGCUGGAUGGCAUUUCUCACUUCCCCUGUUCAAGAGCCUCCUUGUUUGUGGCUAUGGGACCCGAGUGUUAUUCUCUCAAAAGGCAGUGUGUGUUAAUCAGACUUCUCCCUCAUUUUUCUCUUUUCACCCCACCCUCAAUCCUCUUCCUUUCCUUCUUCUUUUCCCUCUCCCUUUCUUUCUUCUUUUUCCUUUUCCUUUUCCUUUCCUUUCUUUAUAUCUUGUUUCCUCUCUCAUGUGCUCUUUCCCUUUUUCUGUUUCUUGCCCUCUUUGAUUUGGUUUCUCUCUUUCUCUCUCCUUCUCUAGCAUUUACAAGCCAGAGGUCUGAGGAUGUGAUCCUGAAUCUGCACUCCAGCCUUUUAAUUUCUGCUUGAUAUCUUUAUUUUUGUACGGUAGCACAUGGCAGCCCCCUGUGCCACAGUGACACCUGCAGCCCCCUUCACUCUCCACACUCAGCUGUUGACUUUUACAAACUCAUAUCUGCCCGGAGGAGGGCAAAUGCUCCAAGGAGAGCUGCAGGAGCUGGAGCCCCAUCCUUUUCCUAGCAGAAUGGCUUUCUUUAAUGUCACAGUGGCCCCUGCUGGGGACAUCAGUGAUCAACCACUGCAGAACUUUGCUUCCUUCCUGAGCACUGGUGCCCAGAUGUGGCAGCAUUUGCACUAGGACCACUCCUUGUCCAUUCACAGUUGCAGGCAACUGGUCUGGGCUUUUGCCCAGAGGGCAAAUGCAGAGACGCUGUUGUUUUUUGUUU